AUGAAGAUUGACGUGGUCGCCGUCACGACCGCGUGCGUCGCCACUUGCUUCAUCCUCGUGCUGUUCUACGUCACCAUAGCGGGAAUAUUGCAAAACUCCUCGAAAGGCCACACACUGUGCGCAACGGAAGACUGUGUCCGUCACGCAACGCUCCUCACCCGAUACAUCGACUGGAAGCUCGACCCGUGCGACGACUUCGAGGCCUUCGUGUGCUCCGGGUGGCGAAGGUCGCAGGAGUACCGCGACAUGUUCCGCUCGACGUUUGACGCCCUCAGGUACGCCUGGUACGGCCGCUUCGAAGACUUGCUGCGCCGAGGCGCGCAGCAACUGUCCGCCGCCAGGAAGCCGCUGGCCAUGUACCGGAUGUGCCAGUGGUACUAUCCUUCGAACGCGUCGCAAAUGGCCUCCUUCCGUCGUUUCAUCGAGGAGCACGGCCUGUGUUGGCCAGAGCCACCGGCCAAUAAGCUGCUCGCCCCUCUCUACCUCGUCGCCGUCCUCUCUUACCUGUGGGAGUCGCCGUUCUGGAUCACUGUCAGCGUGCUGCGUCAUCCUCGUUCAGCCGCCAGCCGCCGACGCGUCCUCAUCGGUCCCGGCGCCUACGUGAGGAUCAUGAGAUACCAUCACCAAGUCGUCGAGCAGUACUACCUCCGUUACUGGGAACAGUUCCUGGCCCUCUUCUACCCGGACGCAUCGACGCGACCGCUGCUGAACGAGACGGUCGUCGACGAGAUCUGCGCCAUGGAAAGGGACGUCCUCGACAGCCUGCACGCCGUGACCGCGUCUCCGCGAAAGAAGCCCGCGCUCGUCCCGUUCGGCGACAUCGGCGUCCACGUGCCGAACGCAUCGGCCGAGCACUGGUUGAAGGCGUUCCAGGAAGCCCUGUCUCUCGAGCCGAAGCUGGGCGUCGACGACGAGAUCGCGGUCACCGACCUCUCGCUCCUGCGCACGGUCGCCAGACUGCUCACCAGUUACACGUGGCUGCAGCUCAACAGGCACCUCACGUGGCUCAUCGUGCAGUACUGCGCUCCCGCGGCGGACUUCUCCCUCCUGGUCGGCUAUUACGGAACCAAGUCGACGGCCGAAGCGUACCUGCCCGUGUCCUGCGCGCACGCGGUCGAAGCCGCGUACAAAGUCCUCGUGCUCGCGCUCGGCGCUUCCACCCUGUUCACGAGGCGGGACAGAGUGGUCAUCGAGGCCGGCUUCGACAGCCUCGUCUCCGCGGCCGUGCGCAAGGUGAACGACUCCGGCUGGAUGGACGAUUACAGCAAGUCGAGGGCCAUCGACAAGCUCGAGUCCGCGAGAGAGGAAAUGUGGCCGUCCGUGAGGCUUCUCGACGGCGAUACGCUAGAGGCAAUCUACGCCGCCUUUCCGGAGGACGAACCAUCUCUCGCCGACUAUUGGGUCAAGUCGCGCAAGGCGCUAAAGAACAUGAACAGGACGCCCGAGUACGCGGAAGCACUGCUGCUUCCAGGUAACAACUUCCCCGACUAUCUCAGCUACGACUACGUGAGCAAUGUCGUGAAGCUGGCGAUCGCCGUGGCCGCACCUCCGGUCUACUACCGCAACGGGACCAACGCAAUGAUGUACGGCAGCCUGCUAUUCCUCGUGGCUAAGCAACUCGCCAAGGCCAUCGACGACGAAGGGAUCAAGUGGGCGUCCAACUCGGCCGUGGAGGAAGGGACCUUUCUUUCCAACUCUACCCUGGAAAGGUUUCGUACCACGGCCGAGUGCCGACGUGGUGACGAGAACGAGACCGUGUUUCCCGACGUACCGGCCCUGGAGAUCGCCUACGCCGCCCUUGGCGAGUCACACCUUCGAGGUGAGGAGAGCGUGCCACUGGCCCUAGGCGAGAACCUGCCGGAGGAUAAGGUGUUCUUCAUGACGCUCUGCUACUUGUCGUGUGCCAUGCCCGACGACCGGAGCCCCAUCCCGGCCGAUUGCAACAAGGUCGUGAUGAACUCGCCGGCUUUCGCCAAGGCCUUCAAGUGUCGGGAAGGCAGCAAGAUGAACCCGGAAAAGAAAUGCUCGUUCUUCGCGUGA